AUGAGCGAUAGCGAUUCAGACUCUUCGCAGAGGCGCACUGCCCGCGAGCGCGCCCAAUGGAUGACCAAGGGAGCUCUGGUUCGAGACGAUUCCGAUGAUGAACUAGGCGUCGAGGACCUUCCGUGGCACUGGAUUUACGAUACAAAUGAAGAGACUACCCAGGAAACCAAGGCCAACAAUGAAACCCCCGCAAAACGUAGCCGAAGACGAUCUUCCCGUCCCGCCCGCCAAAAACGCAAAAUCAUUGGUGCACGGAUGGGUCAAUUCCAUUGCAAAGUGGGCGAUGUGAUUCUCUUGAAAUCCCCCGAAGCUGGAAAGGACUGGGUUGGCAUCAUUACGGAAUUCCUGGAAGAGGAGGACGAAGAUGAAGAAGAUGAGAUUGUCAAAUCCGCCAAUAUCAUGUGGUUCGCAUCCCCCGACGAAUUCAUGGGCACGAGGAACAAGCGCCGGACCGACGCCUUAGCCAACGAGCAAUACAUCACACUCGAUUUCAACAGCAACCCCUUGACAUCAAUCAGUGGCAAAGGGACGGUCAUGUCUGAGAGCGCCUUCAGUGCCAAAUAUCCGAAUGGUCCUCCCAAGAACAAAACCGAGUUGGCGGAAUACAACAAGUGUAUUGUUUGUCGACGAGGUGUGAACCAGGUUCAAGGUCGGUAUACCGAUGAGUUUGUUUGGGAGCAAAUGUACAAUGAAGACAACAUCCAACAUCUGAUCGAUUGGGUCAGAGAUGGCUUGAAGGCUUCCAGAAAACGCAAGGCCGCGGACGAUGAAUAUGUCGAUACCAAAGAGACCAAAGAGACAAUUGUGCCGGCGACCCCGAGAAAGAGGCAGCGACUAGCAGCAACGAAUGCCACGCCACAAUCACAGCGCAAGAAGGCCCUGAUGACUCCGACCCAUAAACGGAUCGUCGUGAAAAAGCCACUUGAAUUUACUCCUCUGGGUACCCGUGUCCUAUCGCCCACGCAUUUUGACUCUCCUUACCGUCAAGCUCGGAAUUUGCUACACGUUUCCACUGUUCCGGACUCAUUACCGUGCCGCAAGACCGAGUUCAACACUGUAUACAAUCAUCUUAGCGCUGCGAUCAUGGAAGGCACAGGCGCUUGUAUCUAUAUCUCCGGUACCCCAGGCACUGGCAAGACUGCCACGGUGCGUGAGGUGGUUGCACAGCUAAACGGCGCCGUGCACGAAGAAGAGAUGGACGAUUUCAUCUUUGUCGAGAUUAACGGCAUGAAAGUCACCGAUCCGCAUCAAUCCUACUCCUUACUAUGGGAAGCCUUGAAGGGCGACCGAGUAUCACCUUCUCACGCAUUGGAUCUUCUCGAAAGAGAAUUCUCAAAUCCCUCCCCUCGUCGGGUGUCUUGUGUUGUGCUCAUGGACGAAUUGGAUCAGCUUGUCACGAAGAAUCAGUCUGUCAUGUAUAACUUCUUCAACUGGCCUGCGCUUCGCCACUCCCGCCUCAUUGUCCUGGCUGUCGCAAAUACCAUGGAUCUUCCCGAAAGAACCCUAAGCAACAAGAUCUCCAGUCGUCUCGGUUUAACCCGUAUCACAUUCCCGGGAUACCGUCACACAGAUCUGAUGGAGAUCAUCAGUACCCGUCUCGCCAGUGUACCGGGCAAUAUCGUUGACCCAGACGCCGUCCAAUUCGCAAGUCGCAAAGUAGCCGCCGUCAGCGGUGAUGCUCGACGAGCUUUGGACAUCUGCCGUCGAGCCGUUGAAAUCGCCGAGCAAGCAGCCGACGAAGCUGCUGCUGCAGAUGAGGCCAAAGACGAGACAGAAUCAUUGCCUCCCACGCCCAGCAAAACUCCCGCCCGACGCAACACAGCCAAAGCAGCCGGGGAAUCAGCUGUCGCUAAACCUCCUACGAAAGGCCAACCGGGCCGAGUCACUAUCGCCACUAUCAAGCAAGCCAUUCACGAAGCUACAUCAACUCCACUCCAACAGUCCUUGCGCUGUCUCCCGCUAUCAGGAAAGCUCUUCCUCGCCGCCCUACUGGCCCGCGUCCACCGGACAGGAAUUUCAGAAUCUACAUUUGGCGACGUCCUCGACGAAGCCCGCCGUAUCGCUGAUGCAGCUGUCGCCGUUGCUGGAGCCGCCGGCGCCGGCGUGAAGGAUUUCUUACUGGGUGGAGGCCCCAGCGCUCGCGUGCGGAGCCUGGGCCAUGCGGCCAUGUUACUCAUGAACUCGGGUGUUCUGGCGCUGGAGCAAGGCUCUGGCUCUAAGAGCGUGCUUGGUGGUACUACGAUCCCCACUCGCGGCGACCGCAGUAGUAAAGUUCGGCUCAGGGUUGCGGCGGAAGAUGUCAGGUCUGCUUUCAGGGAGGAUGCUGAGGCUAAGGGCUUUGGUUUGGGUAUUGAGCAGUGA